GAAUGACUGAUGAAUAUUCAUUGAAUGAUGAAUAUUGAAUUGAAUAUUGCAAUUAUUAUGAAUGACUGAUGAACAUUGAAUGUAAAUAUAAAUGUUGAAUAAUGCAUGAUGAAUAAUUUUUAAUAAUUAUUGAUUAUCUGAACUGAACAUUAUGUGCAUGAUAUCAAAUGAUUUCAUUAUGAAUUUAGAUUCAGUUUAUAUGGAUGUUCGAUGCAUUAGAUAUGCUUACUCAGCUUCAACGCUGAGCGUGUAGUAUGUUUUAUUUGCUACACGCAGUGAGACAAUGGCAAAAUGGCAAGAAGAAUAUGGAGCAAUUGGAGAUGGUGCAGAACAAUAUGAUGAAGCAGCGAUGGCUAUGGAUGAGGAGAUGACGAGUGAAGGAAUGAGCACGUCAACAGGCUCUGUGUCGAAGAUGGUGAAGAAAGAUCGUCUGGCAGAGGCAGUUACAAGUUUCGCGAACUCAUUCAACGACUAUGUUCAAAGCAAGAUCAAUAUGACUUCAAAGGCGAGCGGGAAAGAAAUCUAUGACGUUGUUUCAAAAGUAGAUGGCAUACUUCGUCAUCAAGUGUUGAAAGUUGUUAAGAAGUUUAUGAACAUGCCAGAUGAGUUUCAAAUGCUCAAGGAUUUGCAUGAAGACGAGAAGUUAGAUUGGAUUUUGUUAUGGUCGGAAGAGUGAUCGAGUUAUGAACAACUACGCAAUAUUAAAUAUUUACUACAAAUUAAUACUUUAUCUUUUGUCCCAAUUUAAAUCGUCUGUUUUGAUUUUUAGACAUAUUUAAGGAAAAUAAAAAAUAGAGUUGAUUUUC